GCUGCCCCUGCGUUCUAACCACCAUGUUCAUCGACAAAUCCCUACAUGUGCUCUAGAUCUUGAAGAGAGGAAACGUGAAUUUGGCGAUCUCAUGCGGUAACCUACAGUUUCAUGUUCUAUCGUCUGGUUUCUCGAGUAGGAAAGCUAAGGAAACUAGGUCAAUAAAGGACGACGACUUCAGACAUGUGUGCGACCAUGUUUUGUGUCAUUCAUCUACCAUUGAUAUUGAAACUCCGACGUCAUGGUUGCUAGCACUCUCUGGCGAAACGCUGCAAACGCUUGAAACCCUCCAGGACCUCCACCUUUUCAUCUGGUCAAGCCAACAUCAUAACCGUGGGUGGAGGAAGGUCAUGGGCCGGUCAUAAGACGCCUGCCCUGCUUCGGAUUUCAAUGGUUUUGAAGCGAUAACGAUCCUUGUGAUUGUGUUAGGAACUAGCGCCCAGCUCAUCUUUAAAUAGUCAGGGAACGCAAGGGAACGAAGAUCCUCUGCUUGGGAUUUGCCCACGGCGUCCUCUGAACCCUCAUCUCCCUAGCAAUGACCACUUCGACGAUUGAAAACCCCUUAGGAGGUCGUACCGCCAUCAUUGGAACGGGAACUCGGGCAGCAAUGUAUAUUCGGGGAAUAGCAGAAAGACCAUCGAGCAGAGUCGUAGCACUGUUAGAGCCCAACUCGAUUCGCGCCAAGUAUUAUAACGAUAUCCUAAGCUCGCUGGGAGCGCCAACCGUGCCGGUAUAUCGACCAGAGCAGUUCAAGGAAAUGUUGGAAAAGGAGAAGGUGGAAACUGUCGUGGUGACGUGCGUUGAUUCCUUGCAUCACUUGUAUAUCAUCCGUGCGUUAGAAGCUGGAGGUGAGUGUUCCGACGUAUUUCGCGUGGAAUAAUUGUUGGCCUAUCCGAGGAAUUAUAGUACGAGUCUUGACGGAAAAACCGAUGACGGUGGAUGUCGAGAAAUGCAGAGCCAUUCUUGACGCAGUGGAACGCACUGGACGCCAUUUGACCGUCACUUUUAACUACCGAUAUAACCCAACACACGAAGCCGUUAAACGAGUCAUAGCAGAAGGGACGAUCGGAGAAGUCCUCUCUGUCAACUUUGAGUGGUUACUCGACUCUGUUCACGGUGCGGACUUCUUCAGGCGUUGGCAUCGCGAAAAAGCCACGUCUGGAGGACUUUUGGUGCAUAAGGCUGGUCAUCAUUUUGACCUUGUGAAUUGGUGGAUCGAUUCCACGCCUGCCACCGUCGUAGGUAUGGGAAGAUUGGCGUUCUAUGGGGAAGAAAAUGGCCGAAAGCAUGGUUGGGUGAAGGAAACCUAUGAGAGAGCGAGAGGUAGUGAUGCGGCCAAAAGUGAUCCGUUCUCGUUGAACCUAGAAGAUGAUGAGACGCUCGUGGACCUUUACCAGAAUGCUGAGGGAGAAGAUGGAUACCACAGAGAUCAAAGUGUCUUCGCUUCGUCCGACUCUAAGAAUCCAAUCACCAUAGAAGAUGACAUGUCCCUUCUAGUUCGUUAUCGUUGUGGAGCGACUAUGACUUAUCAUCUGACUGCAUACUCUCCGUGGGAGGGUUAUCGAGUCAUGUUCAAUGGUUCAAAAGGCCGUCUGGAGUUGCACGUCUGCGAAUCAGAAUAUCGGCUUCCUUCCAGCAAGGAGAACAAAGAGAACGGUAUGACUGGUUUGAUUCACGGGCUGGGGGUUCUCCCGCACGAAGGAGAAACCAAGGUGACCCUACACCCCCUCUGGGAGAAGCCGCGUACACUGGACGUCGGGGUCGACCAUACUGCACACGGAGGAGGAGAUAUAAGGAUGAUGAGCGUCCUGUUUGGGCCGAGAGAGGGAGAGGUUGUUGAUACAGGAGAUGCGUCCAAGCGAAGCGCAACCGAGAGAGAUGGCGCCCUUGCAUUGGCAGUUGGACUAGCCGGUAAUGAGAGUUUCAAGACGGGUCAGUUCGUAGACAUUGCUAGCCUGGGUCUCGGUGACCUUGAAUAGAAUACUGAUCCCCGUAGCUAAGUAAAUUCAGCCUACAGCAGCG